CGGUUCUGAAUUAAAUUGUGGGUGUCUCUCUUAGCAUGCUCUCACGAUUCUCUUCUGUAUCGUUUUAUCCUUUGUGACACUAAACCGUGUAUUUUUCGCAACACAUUCUUAUCUAGCAGUGUAUCAUCGAAUAUCGUCGAGAGAGCAGUGCCCCCGUGAGAAAUCUGAAGCUGAAGCAAAAUAGAUUUUUCCAACUGCGGGAAAUUACCUAGUUGAUUAAUAAAAUGUUUUAAUCCCAAUUGUAAACGAAAAACUCAAUGCAGAAUACAAUAACACCCAAAUGUGCUUCGUGUCCACUCGAUAACGAUAAAAAAGUGCGUUUUCGUGAAAAUAUUUGAAGCAUUAAUCUACAAUACGUUGCAGUAACUUACAUCCAAGUGCGGAAAAAUGGAAACAUAUAGAAUAUGUAUAUUUAUGCACACGAAUAAAACUGAAUGCUGAAAAUGUGUUAAUGUCAAAUUAAUGAGAAAGUAAUAUUCACAACCUGGGUGAAAAUUGUUCCGAUAUAAUUGCACUGAGUUAAGUUAAAUGAUAAUGCAUUCCAAAGGAAAUUAUUCAUCAAUUCAAUGAGAUAUACCAUUCAGAACCAGAAAACCUAAGGUCACACUGCUGGGUAUUUUAUGAUAUGAAGACAUCUCAAGGAUGUGAAUUUAAUAUUAGGUUUACAUUCAAGCGAUGUGCGAAAAAACUGAAUCGCUGAAAAGCAGUCGAGGAUUGAGUUUCGACAAGCAAACAAAUUGGCAGGAUGUUCACGCAUAUGAUAGUAGUGACGAUGAAUUUACCGAGGAUAAUUUGGUGCAGUUGAUAGCGCAAAAUCAAAACGUUACGUGUUACAACAGAUCAGAAUAUCCAACCGAAAGUGAAAGACGUGGAAUGCUCGACUUACAAAUCACCACGCAUAUUCCAAAAUCAUCAAAUCAUUAUUCUCGGCCAUUAUAUUAUACAACAGACAACAACAUAGAAAUCACCGCUCAGGAUCCUUCAAAAAAUGAUGAUCCAACGUUCAUGUCUGCCAGAAGCAUGCUAGCCUCGAACAACACAUUGACUAGAACGUCACAAUCACAUAGGAAGAACACGUUGGAUCGACGAUCAGCAUCCACUGGACCGUGUAUGUUAACUUCCUCGAGUAGUACAAUUUCUUCGGUUAGCAAUAACAUUGAACGCGAUAGAACAGCUAGGGAAACUUCAUCCAUCCGAACAAUGCCAAAUGAACCACGAUAUUACGUGAUGGAAUCAGAUAUUCCUGAUGUGCCACCAAUAAAUCCUACGCCUCCAGAAGUGCCUCCCAGAGCACAUUCACUGUACAGUGCUUCUAGCAAAACUAGCACAUCCAUUUGGAAAAAAUCUGAUUAUGUGUUAAAAAUUGAUAAAAAUGGCGAUCAGACACACGAGGAGUACAUUCCCCCUGGCCAGCAAGAGUAUUUACGGUCCAGUAUUUCGAGAUCUACUGGUUAUGCGCCUGGUUCUCCCACAUUCAAUAGUACUCAACACAGUAACAGACUACAACCAACUUUACAAUCAAGUCAGCAGAUGACACAGGGUAUGUCAAACACGAACACAGGAUCACGUUUGGAAGGAUCCUCACCUCUCGUAAUGCCAGUAUUCCCUCUAAGAACGUCACAUUCUGGGCAUAUGCCUCAUUAUUCGCCAUAUUCACCUUCAAGGUUUCACAUAGAUAAAAGAUGCCAACAGAGAUGUUCAUGGAGAUGUUUUAGUUUUGCCUUAAUUGUGUUGUCGCUGAUUCUCACAUCAAUGCUGACCUAUUUUGCCGCAACCAGUUCUUUAAAAUCCAACAUCGAUCCCACCAAUUGCAUAAUAGUGCAAGAUGUUAAAUCGAGUUCACACGAUCAGGCUUCAUCAGACUCUUCAAGUUCGAACAAUAUUGGCGCAUUAGCGGGUACGGCUGGUAGCAAUGGCGGAUCUACCCUUUUGCCAACUGAGGAGUCGCUGCUGACGAGUACAGCAGAUCACAACAGCUUCACCACAUCUAACUACUACGGCAACAACAAUAACAUGCACAUUAGUCUAUCCCAAUUCAACUAUCAGGAAACUCAGAAAACUCAGGAGCAGCUCAUGUCCACACUGGCAGCGCAAAAAUGGCCAGCAAUCGUGGAAAUAAAAGGCUUUAACGAUAUCCACCGUGCCACGAUACCUCCAUUCCAGUUCUGGAAUGCAGAGUUCCGCAAUAAGCACCCCGCUUUCAUCCAAUUCAACUUUACUCUACCAUGGGGCGCUAACUUUGCUGUGUAUGGCAGACGGAAUGUGGGCCCGAGUAUAACACAGUAUGAUUUCGUCGAGUUUGUAAAAGGUGGACGGAUAGAUCAUCGUUUGCGACGAAAACGGAGUUUAUUGAACGAUAACAUCGCUCUGGACGAUGAUUUGAACGAUCUUCCACAAGAAUCGUCCCGUUCAGGAUUUCAAUCGUCUUUCGAAAUCCGUCGGAGUAAUGAAUUUAUAUUUGCUGACCUUCAUCUGGAUCAGGUUGAUCAGCAUAUAAUAUCGAAACGAUCAGCAGACAGCUCCAUCCCUAAAUUAGACAUGGAUUCAAUGACUGUCAAUGUCACAAUACUUCAGUAUUUAGACGUCGGCAGAUGGUUUCUUUCUGUUUACAACGAUGAACUCCUGCCGCAUAGUAUAACACUUGUGGUUGAUGAAGCGGAAGGCAUAAGAACUACGUGCCCUAAUGAUUGUUCGGGUAGAGGUUCGUGUUAUCUAGGCAAGUGCGAUUGCAUCGAUGGAUAUCAAGGUCCGGACUGUUCGAUAAGUGUGUGCCCCGUGCUAUGCUCAUCACAUGGUCAUUAUGGUGGUGGUGUCUGUCACUGUGAGGAAGGAUGGAAAGGAUCUGAAUGUGACAUACCUGUUACCGAGUGUGAAUUGCCAAGCUGCUCUAAUCAUGGCCGAUGCAUCGAAGGUGAUUGUCAUUGUGAAAGGGGCUGGAAAGGAUUGUAUUGUGAGCAACCGGAUUGCAUUGAUCCUUCCUGCGCUGGUCAUGGUACGUGUGUGUCAAGUCAAUGUUAUUGCAAAGCUGGAUGGCAGGGAGAGGACUGCAGUAUUGUAGAUCAGCAAGUAUAUCAAUGUCUUCCAACGUGCUCUGACCAUGGGACAUACGACUUAGAAACAGGUUCCUGCGUUUGUGAUCGUCACUGGACCGGAGUUGAUUGUUCGCAAGCUUUGUGUAGUCUGGAUUGUGGCCCCAAUGGAAUAUGCGAAUCGGGGCGAUGUCGAUGUAACUCGGGAUGGACAGGUAGCCUUUGUGAUCAAUUAACUUGUGACUCUAGAUGCGCAGAACACGGCCAAUGUAAGAAUGGUACAUGUGUCUGCUCGCAAGGAUGGAAUGGACGACAUUGCACAUUACCGGGAUGCGAGAAUGGAUGUUCUCGUCACGGCCAAUGUACUCUCGAAGAUGGCGAAUAUCGGUGUGUCUGCAUCGAGGGCUGGGCUGGAACUGAUUGCUCCAUUGCACUAGAAAUAAGCUGCAAGGAUAAUAUUGACAACGAUAACGAUGGAAUGACUGACUGCUCGGACAGUGAGUGUUGCACUCAUCCAAUCUGCACUGAACACAUAAUGUGUUUGGCUUCCAACGAUCCUGUCGAAGUGUUACUGCGUAAACAACCUCCAUCCGUAACCGCUUCCUUUUACCAACGGGUGAAAUUUUUAAUCGAGGAGAACUCUGUACAAUCAUACGCCCACAUGGACGAAUACAGCGAAAGUCGAGUGUCGGUAAUGCGCGGGCAGGUGGUAACACCACAAGGUCUUGGCAUCAUUGGAAUCCGCGUAUCGGUCGAUCGCGAUUCGAGAUUCGGUUUCACCCUUACAAGACAAGGUGGAUGGUUUGAUGUGCUGGUGAAUGGAGGUGGGGCAGUAACAUUACAAUUCCAAAGAUCACCAUUUAGACCGCUAACUCGAACUGUAUUCGUUCCAUGGAAUCAGAUAGUUGUUCUUCCUCCAGUACAAAUGCAACUGAAUGAUGAAGAUGAACAAUCCAGGUUGACUGUCAAGCCUGUUCCAUCAAAUCCAGCAUAUAGCUUCCUCAGCACUUCACAAUACCGAUUCCUGGAAGACAAUCCCUCGCCGGUAGUAAUAUGUCUGGAACAUGAACAUGAGCUUUUGAAACCGCAGCUUACAAGCACGUGGAUGCCAAAUGGUGUUGGCUCUAUGCCAGGAAAAAGUGUGAUAUUUGCUGAAACUCAGAUCGUACAGGAAUCAAUUCGGAUACCAGGCUCGAACCUGUAUCUAACGUAUCAAUCAUCGCAAGCGUCAGGAUACAAAAGCAUCGUACGUAUGCAAUUAACUCACGAUAAGAUUCCGGAAACCUUAACACAUGUUCACAUCGGGGUUCAAAUCGAGGGAUCACUUCACGUAAAAACAUAUGAGGCCGAUCCCAACUUGAGUUACAUCUUUGCAUGGAACAAACGUAACGUGUAUAAACAAAAAGUUUAUGGCACAGCCGUUGCCCGUAUUUCUAUUGGCUAUCAACAUUCCACCUGUAAAGACAUUGUGUGGGAAACACAGACAGCGAAGCUGCAAGGAUUUGAUGUCGACAUUUCGGAUAUUGGCGGCUGGGGUCUCGAUAUACAUCAUCAUUACAAUUUUCACGAAGGUAUACUUCAGAAAGGUGACGGCACAACUCUGCACCUGAAAGAAUAUCCGCGAAUCGUUAAACAGAUAAUGGGGGAUGGCCAACAACGCCCGCUUAUAUGCAAGGAUCAUUGUAACGGAUUAUCAAAACACGCCAAACUUUUAACUCCUGUAGCCCUCACUUCAGGACCAGAUGGUAGUCUUUAUGUCGGCGAUUUCAACAUGGUUCGUAGAAUCACCACCAAUGGCAGUGUUUUUACCGUACUUGAGCUUGAAACCACGCAAGUUGCUUAUCAGUACUACCUAAGCGUUUCACCAGCAGAUGGACAUCUCUACAUAUCGGAUCCCGAGAAGCACAGAAUCUUGAGAGUUGUUCAAUUGGAAAAUGUUCCGGAUCCAAGCUCUAACAGUGACGUGGUAGUUGGAAGCGGUCAACGUUGUAUUCCUGGGGAUGAAGAGAAUUGCGGUGAUGGCGGUCCUGCCAAACAAGCCAGAUUAUCUCAUCCAAAAGGCAUUACGAUUGCAGCUGACAAAACAAUGUAUAUAGCAGACGGAACAAAUAUCCGUGCGGUUGAUCCAAAGGGAAUAAUACACACCCUAAUAGGCCAUCAUGGGCAUCAUAACCACUGGAGCCCCGCUCCAUGCCGUGGAGCAUUGCUGGCAACCAGAGCUCAAUUGCAAUGGCCUACGGGACUUGCAUUGAACCCAUUAGACGGAUCGUUGCAUUUUAUCGACGAUCGACUUGUACUAAAACUAACUGCGGACAUGAAAAUAAAAGUCGUCGCUGGGGUACCUUUGCAUUGCAACGGAAAUGAUGAACAUAACAAAACAACUUCGGAAGAUGUCCUCGGCACAGUUGUGGCAAUGGAUUUUGCGCCUUCUGGUGAUCUAUACAUAGCAGACACAGAUUCAAGACGGGUAAAUUCCAUACGCGUUGUUGAUUCAGCUGGAAAUAUGCGUUCAUUUGCGGGCAAGCUGGAAAAUGGAAUGCAAACAUGUGAGUGCUACAAUGGCAGCAGUAAUCCGAACACAAUGGUCAAUAAUUACAGCACAAUGACGCCUACAACCAAGGGCCCAAUCAAAUAUGGCAGUAAUGGAGGGCUCUCCACUACCACUUCUAUGCAACAGAACCCUUCUGUGAUGAUGAUGAUGACCGGGUGUUCGUGUAACAAUUACGGAAAUUUCCCGAGCGGGGCUGCCAAAAGUAGAAAAGAAGAGGUGUCAGCUCCACAAUCGGAAACAAUUCUGUCAUCAAACAUCAAAUUUCAAGCAAUUUCGGCCAUUGCUGUUGCGCAAGAUGGCGUCAUCAAUAUUGCCGAUCAAGGUUCUCUACGCAUUUUGGCACUGCAGCAUCACCUACCCCAACAUGACACAAAUGGGGAGUUUCAAAUUCCAUUCACACCGUCGGAUGAGAUAUACGUCUUCAAUCGUUACGGACAACAUGUGGCUACCAAGGAUUUGGCUUCGGCAAAGACGCGCUACUCAUUUCUCUACUCGAAAAAUACCAGCUUUGGAAAGCUUUCUACGGUAACGGACAGCUCUGGUAACAAAAUACAGUUCUUACGCGACUACAGCAAUGUGGUAAGCUCGAUAGAGAACACCCAGGACCACAAAUCGGAACUGAAAAUUUCAUCCAAUGGUAUGCUGACAAGAAUCACCGAACGAAAAGAAAAGUCCGAACUGCAAUUCGAUUACGACAGCAACAGUGGUCUGCUUCUCAGUAGAACCGGCAACGGCGAGACCUUCAUUUAUCAAUAUGAUGAAUACGGUCGUGUAACGAAAGCGAUUCUGCCUAGCGGAGAAAUUUACAACAUAAAAACUGUUUUAAGUGGAAAAAAUGAUGAUUUGGGAGUGCAAGUAAGUGAGAGCAUUCAUUCUCACUUCGCCCAGGAACAGGCAAUUCCUACUCUAUACUCACUCACCGGAGGCAUAAAGAAUGCGAUUAUCGCGAAAGAUUCUGAGGUGGUAAUCGCAAAAAUUAGCCAUAUAAACAAUACCCUGUCGGUGUCAUGUACAGAUGGCAUUGUGCUAGAGUCAUCGGCUAUAGCAGCUCAUCCAUAUCUAGAAAAGGUGAUGCCAAUCGAAGCUGAAAUGCUUCCGAUGUGGUCUCACCAGACAGUCAAAAUGGGAGAAAAUCUGGUAAAUACGAUGUAUUCUAAGUAUUCUUUCAUAACGAACGAGUACAACCGUGCGCCUCAGCAGCGAUUCAGUCGUGAAAUAUGGGUAAAUAAUACCCAAACGCUAAGGAUUGACUACGAACAGUUGCAGAAUCGAGAAAUCUUCAUGAACAAGUACGAUGAAAUUAUACUAACCGUGUUGUACGAUCAGUCUGGCCUUCCCGUUUCGUAUUAUCCGGGCAGUGAAACUAGUAGUUUCUUUCCUUUGAACAUAACUUAUGAUCGCUUCAAUCGCGUGGAGGGCUGGCAGUGGGGCCCUGCUGAAUUGAGGUAUAAUUAUGACAUGAAUGGUCUGCUCGCAGAAGUAACUAGCCAACAAGACGGCAUUAUUUCAUAUUCUUAUAACGAACUGAACCUUUUAUCGGAAAUAUCACUAGGGAGCCAGCGAAAGUUUAAGCUCACUUAUGAUAGUAAUGGAGGAUUGCGUCACAUAACCCUGCCAAGUGGUACAAAACACUCGUUCAGUAUUCAGCCAUCGAUUGGAUUCAUUAGAUUUACGUACACCCCACCGGGUAGUAACAAACCCUAUCUACAGCACUACUCUUACUCAGGUGCUUUGCUGCAAACAAUAUAUCCUGGUGAUGGUGCACGCAUUGUGUAUCGCUACAACAGUGCCAAUCUUGUUUCUGAAAUCGUUCAUGGUGAUGGCCGCAGCGAGUUUACUUAUGGAACAACAUCGAGCAUGCCUUCGGCUGUGGUUCACACGGAACGAGAUCUAGAAUAUCGAUGGGACUUUGACUAUGUUGGCGGCCUGCUGAUGGAAGAACGACUGGAUUUCUCGGCAAAGACAGGACUCUCUAAUGCCAAAUUUAGCUAUGAAUACGAUAACAACUUCCGCCUUAUAUCUAUCCAAGGUCGUAUCGGUGGACAGAACUUGCAGAACCAAAUGUUCUCUUACAGUGAGCAAACCGGCAGUUUAUCUCAGAUUGGGCAGUUCAAGCUUUCAACUCCAACCCACAAUCAAACAAUCCUAGGAGACGGUACCGCCACUUUCUCCCGUACCAUCAAUGGACGUUUCUUGGAGACACUCAUUACGGUUAUGAUUCAUCGAAUGACUGUGUUUCGGAUGGAAUUUACGCAUGACAUGCAUGGUAGAAUCUCACAAACACGCACAUAUACACGUAAUGUCGGCGUUAAUACGUACACCAAUAUAAAAAAUUAUACCUGGGAUUGUGAUGGCCAGUUGAUAGGCGUUGAAGCACAGGAGCCUUGGGGAUUUCGCUAUGACGAUAACGGUAAUAUGCUUUCGCUCACUUAUCGUGGCAAUACGAUACCAAUGGAAUACAGCAGCACGGAUCGAAUUGUGAAAUUUGGAGAAGGACCGUACAAAUAUGAAGUACGUGGAUUGGUCGCUCAAAAUGCCCGCGAAGAGCGCUUCCACUAUAAUACACAGGGUCUGUUGAUAAGAGCAACGAAGCGUGGCCGAUUCGAUGUGCGAUAUUACUACGAUCAUUUGAAUCGACUGAUUACCAGGAAGGACAACUUUGGCAACGUUACGCAAUUCUUCUACAACAACCAGGAGCGACUUAAUGAAGUCAGUCAAAUCUAUUCACCACGCGACGGCAAGCUGAUGUCCCUCAUAUAUGAUGACCGCGGUCGUUUGAUAUUUUCCCAGGUUUACCGCCAUAAAUACUACAUUGCUACAGACCAGUGCGGGACCCCUGUAAUGAUGUUCAAUCAGUAUGGGGAAGGUAUUCGAGAGAUAAUGCGUUCUCCGUAUGGUCACAUUGUGUAUGACUCCAACCCGUAUCUCUACAUGCCGAUCGAUUUCUGUGGUGGUAUACUGGACCAGGUGACUUCGUUAGUACAUAUGCCAAACGGUAAGGUAUAUGAUCCACUAAUCGGUCAAUGGAUGACGCCAAACUGGAAAGACGUUGACCAACGGAUAAACAACCCAACUCGUCUCCAUUUAUAUCGCUUCAAUGGCAAUGACCCGAUCAACCGGGAACAGAGCCAAAACCAUCCCUCAGAUAAUCUCGCAUGGAUCAAGCUUAUGGGUUACAACAUUCAUAAUCUGGUUCCACAGGCCAAUGAUCGGAUUUAUCUGCAGAAAACCCCUUGGAACCAAUUGCAAAUCUCACCGAUAACAGAGCAGGUUAAUCUCCACUCCCAUCAACCCAUUCCCGUAGCAAUCGAAUCGGGCUUUUUGUCGUACCUUUACACGAGAAAGAUAAAAUCACCAAAGGAUCUCACAAUGCCGCCUCGAUCCGCCCUAAAAUCGAAUGGCAUAUCCAUAGGACCAUUUAAAAUUGGAGCUGCCUCCGAUCCACCGUUUGGCAAAGGUAUAAUUGUAUCCAGAACCCUGGAAGGUCAAGCGAUCGUUUCGAGUGUACCGGCAGCUAAUCCGAUUUAUCGUGAUGUGUACACUUCUGUUUUUAAUCGAACCCGUCUAAUACCUUUCACGUUUGUCGUACAUAAUUCCCUCCAAGACGCAUUUUUCUUCAUUAAAGAGGAAUCUUGGAGAUCGGGUGAAGAUCGGCAGCAGCUCAAGCGGCUUCAGGGUCAAGUUAACACAACAUUCCACGAAGGAUCCAGAGAAAACGGAAGUGGGAAUAAUCAUUUAGAUGUUAAGCUGCACAUACAGAAUGCGGUGAUAAAUUUAAAAUAUGGCACAACAGUUGAGAAGGAACGACAAAGGCUGAUGCAUCACGCUAGAUUGCAGGCCGUCCGAAAGGCAUGGCACCGGGAAAAGGAGCUAUUACGGAAUGGCUUGAUCAGUAGCUACGAUUGGACGCAGCAGGAAACGGAUGACAUAAUUAAAAACGGUUAUGCAAACUUGUAUGAAGGCGAAUACAUACACGAUGUAGCACAGUAUCCGGAAAUGCUUGAGGAUCCCUUCAAUGUGCGAUUCAUUAAGAAGAAAACCAGCCAAUCGCGGAAACGGAAACGACGAGAUUUAUCUUCGGAAAGUGGCGACUCGUCCACCGUGAAUUGCGUCGAUGAGGGAAAAUGUUAGCUUUAGUAAGUUAUAGAGUGGUGCUCCUUAUUCGCAUCGCGUCGUGCAGUAUAAAUGUAAGGCAAAUGUGUAGAUCCAAAUGAAGGCAAGUAGUGGAAAACGUAACACACAAAUGGUGAUUCGAGCUUUUGAGACUGUCGUCAUGAAUUAUAGACAAACAUAUUAGAAUAAAACAGUGAAACAAUAAAAUGAAGUAAAGAGGGAGGAAUGUGUGAGCAGAUAUAGAUAUUUACCACAGAAACUAUAGAUCAGAAUGGGGAAACCAAACAAAUAGAACAAAAUAUUUAGUAACUACGUGAAUCAAUUCAUAUACUUAUAACAGAAAACAGGAGUAAUUGAGAUAAACAAAUGAAAACUGUAAGGAAAAAAGUACCGAAACUCGCUGCUGUUGAUUCUAAGAUUCACAUUUGUGUUUUAGGUUUAUCGUGUUUGGAUUUUUGAAUCGUUGAAUCGUACGGAAUACUUUCUUCGAAUAACAUCAAGCAACUAUUGCUAUCCUUGACAAUGUUGGAAACAAUUUCCUAGAGCAAAUCGUUAGGAUGCAACCACAUGAUUAACAAAGUGUGAUUUGAGAUGUUGAAUUCUAUCUGUUCUUUGAUGGAUAAUUUUACGUUAAUGAAUUGGAGAUGAGGUAUUCCUUCGAUCACUAUUCAUAAAUCCAGGCGUAUCUUUCAAAAAUUGUCAGAGAUGGUCUUUUUAUUCACGAAUUCAUAGAAGUUGCCAAACGUUAUAUUAGAUACAAAAGUCUAUAUAAACACCGGCAUUAGGAUUCUAUUUUCAUAUUACCAACAUUCAUAGAAAAUAUUGCUAAAGUAUUUUCUUUCUGAUGAUGUUGACAUGUUGGGAAUAGAUUCAUGUUUGACCUUACUGGAAUAACAUUGAACCCUUUUCGAGAUUAAGCGGAAACACUCGUAACACUGAAUUUAAUAUGAAGCUGUCUAAACCGUGGCAUAUUGGGGGUUAUUGUGUCGGUCUCAGAGGCUGGCAAACAUUUAAUAUUAAAGUGUAUGAUGCAAAUCAACUCGUGAAAUUUAAAAAAAAAGUAUCCAACACGAGAUGUAAAACUGUACAUAUUAGCUGACUAAGUGAAGUAUCAAAGUAAUGAGAAACUACUGAAUGUAUGAUAUUCGAAACUGGAUAAAAGAGAUAGGUCUAGAGCUAUUGCCGUAUUGUAUAUGUUUAAUUUAUUAAACUAGCCAAGUAAGAAUUUCCUAUUAAUGCAAUGUCAUCAACAAUAUGAUUUAAAAGGAACAACAGCGAUUACAUAUAUGUGAAUAUACUGGAAUACAAUAUCGGGUAGUUCUUUGGAUUUAAUCAAUGAGGAAGGUAAGGACGAACUUUUGUAAUGUAACUGAAUGCAUUUUUACAGAGCGUGGUCUUUUAGCUGCAUAUACAUAAGACAAAUGAUUUUAGUGAACAUUUCUGAGCUUCAAACAAAAUUUUAAAAUAUUAAUCCUCUGUUACGUGACUGUAAUACUCGUUCAUCGUUGUUUAGUCGUGGAAAAUUCUUCUUUAUAAUUAAUCAGCUUUGAAGAUUUAGCCUGAUUUCUUUGAAACAUGUUUUACGACCGGGAAGCCAUUUUAACCGACGCAUGUGAAGAAAGUGCUGAAUGAUUUUGCCAAAACGAAUGAAGGUUCGACAAAUAUACUUUUACACCAUGAAUAGCACAAACGAAUAUGAGUAGCACAAUAUCUUGAAACGUGAUCAUGAAGAGUAAGCUCAAAUUCAACGGCAGAGCAUUAAUUUGAAAAUGAACAGAUAGAAUCGUACAAAACAAGUGAUUGAUUGAGUCUGAAUAAUUUAAUAUCAUUUCUAACGGCAUGAGUUUUACAUAGUAUAGGCUGCAGCAUUCGCUAAGUGAGCUGCUACUUCAACAAACAAUCGGUGCCAUUUAGAAAUUCGAACGUUCCAUUUUUGUUUUUAAUUUCAACCUCUAAACCAUUCGUCCAAAGGCAACCUAUCGAAUCAGUCAGUUUGUCUUUCAUUGUUAUGGAAAACUAUCUUGUAUGUAACAGAUACACAACCCUGAUCAACUAACUGCAAAGUAUGCAUGUAAGCAUGGAGUGUAUUAGAAGUAUUGAUUGAUGCGCAUACAGAGCAUCACAGAUGCGAACCAAAAGAAUGUGUUAUACUUUGACAUAACGCUGGAAAUACCGCAGCAUAUUAGGAAAUUAUGAUGAAGGAUUAGGAUAUCUGAACUGAACAUGUGAGGAUAUAUAAAAUAUGUACGACAAAAUGAAAUAUAGAGAACGAUUUGUAUAAAAACUGUGUUUUCCUUAUCAAA